UGGGUAUUUACGUGUCAACAAAUUGCCUAUAAUCGCUACACUUAUACAUGACCUUUAUUUCCAGUCAUUUUUACCUCGAAAUUGAUCUAGAUGAAGUUGGGCAUUCACAUCAGUUUUGGACAUUUUCAUUGAUAUGGGCUUAUAAAAAGCUCUUCACAAUGAGUGAAUAAUAAUUUCUCAAUUUAUAUAAGUUAUGUUUUAUACAUUGGGUCUGCAUUUGAUGAGUGUUAGAUAUUUAAAAUAUGAGUUCUGGGUAUCAGGAAUAUUCACUUGUGCCAGAGAAUGAUAUCGAGGAUUAUUUUAUUGAUAAAAAUAAACACCACCUUUUGCCAUGGGAAGACCCCAUGGGUAUGACAGUGUCAUCUGGUCAUGUAAAUUUAAAGAAAGAUGGCCAGAAUUUGAUUGGUAUCAGUAUAGGGGGUGGUGCACCUCUGUGUCCUUGUCUCUAUGUUGUACAAGUAUUUGACAAUACCCCAGCAGCUAAAGAAGGUUCUUUGGCUGCAGGAGAUGAAAUUGUUGGUGUAAAUGGUCAAUCAGUUAAAGGUAGAACCAAAGUAGAGGUGGCUAGAGCCAUUCAGUCUAUUAAGGUGAGAAGUGAAGUAACAAUAAACUAUAAUAAAUUACAUGCUGAUCCACGACAAGGCAAAUCACUUGAUAUAGUAUUAAAGAAAAUCAAACAUAAAGUUGUGGAGUCUAUGAGUUCAAAUACAGCAGAUGCUUUAGGUUUAAGUAGAGCUAUACUUUGUAAUGAUGGUUUGUUAAAGAAAUUAGAAGAAUUAGAGGGUUGUGCUAAUAUGUAUCAAGCUCUAAUUGAUCAAACUAAGAAAUUAUUACGUGCUACAUUUGAACUAUCACAAUCACAUAAAGCUUUUGGUGAAGUGUUCAAUUGUAUUGGAGUAAGAGAACCACAGCCGGCCGCCAGUGAAGCAUUUUCUAUGUUUGGUGAAGCUCAUAGAAGUAUGGAGAAAUUUGCAAUCAAAAUGUUAAAAACAGUAAAACCUAUGAUCUCCGAUUUGAAUACAUUUUUACAUAAAGCUGUUCCAGACACAAGAUUAACAGUUAAAAAAUACUUAGAUGCUAAAUUUGAAUAUUUGUCAUAUUGUCUGAAAGUAAAAGAAAUGGAUGAUGAAGAAUACAGUUAUGCUGCUUUACAAGAACCUUUAUAUAGAGUAGAAACAGGAAACUAUGAAUACAGGUUAGUUCUAAGAUGUCGACAAGAAGCUAGGACUAGAUUUGCUAAGAUGCGAUCCGAUGUUAUGGUGAAAAUGGAAUUAUUAGACCAAAAACAUGUUCAAGACAUCGUUUUUCAACUACAGAAAUUUGUGUCGGCAAUGUCCAAGUAUCAUAAUGAGUGUCAUGGUGUUAUGAAAGAGGCUGUAGUAUUUCCUAUUGAAGUAGACCUGUCUCGUGGCACCUUCACAUAUGACACAUCAAAUCAAUUUGAUGAAGAUGAAGAUGAGGAGGAAGAAGAAGAAGAUGAUGAUGAUGAUGAGACAGUUCGAGCUGUAACGGAAAGUGAUAAUACCAUUACAGAAUGUGGAGAUCUAAUCAGUACUGAUUAACUUUUUUUUCUUUUUUUUUUUACUAGUCUUUGAGACAGAAAACACCUUAUUCGCCCAAUCAUUCAUUUGUAUAAACUAAACUGUUUAUGUAAUAUAACUAUUAUAAUUUCGUUUUUUUUUUCACCUUAGAGAAGUGUGUACAUUAUUCCAUUUAAAAAGAUAUCCAAUUGAUUAUUCCAAUUUAAAAAGAUAUCCAAUUAAUUAUUCCAAUUUAAAAAGAUAUACAAUUAAUUAUUCCAAUUUAAAAAGAUAUCCAAUUAAUUAUUCCAAUUUAAAAAGAUAUACAAUUAAUUAUUCAAAUUUAAAAAGAUAUCCAAUUAAUUAUCCAAAUUUAAACAGAUAUCCAAAAAAGAUAUCAUUUUGAUUAUUCCAAUUUAAAAAGAUAUCCAAUUAUUCAAAUUUAAAAAGGUAUCCAAUUAAUUAUUCCAAUUUGAAAAGAUAUCCAAAAAAGAUAUCCUAUUGAUUAUUUUAAUUUAAAAAGAUAUCCUAUUGAAAAAGAUAUCCUAUUGAUUAUUCCAAUUUAAAAAGAUAUCCUAUUGAUAAUAUAAUUCUAAUUCAAAAAGACAUCUGAUUAUUUAUUCCAAUUCAAAAAGAUAUCUGAAUCUCAGUAGUACACAAGAUAAAUCCUACUAUAUCUUACAAUGGUAUAUAGAAUAUACCAUAUAUGAUAAAGAUAUUCAAUAAUAUUAUGUAUGUUGUUAUAAAUUAUUAUAUAUUUGUUGAAUUGUACUCAGUCCAGUGUACUUGUAGUUUGUGAUAAUAUACAUUCCUAUGUUUGUUUUGAUAAAGGUAUUGAGUUCAUUAAAAAUGUGCUUUUGUCUUAACAGAUGUUGUCUGUGCAAUAAAACUUAUGAAAUAUG